CUUUCCUUCUCCUCUCCCUUGUUCUUCUGCCUCCCUAUUCUACUCUACUCACCAAUCCGCGCCGCCGCGAUCCAUCACGUGAAUUUUCGUUCCUUUUCUUCUACGGAAUUUCUCGAUUAUUGAUUCCUUGGAGGGUCGGCAUGGCAGACGGGAAGCCGGCGGAGAUGGAGAGCGGAGGAGAGAGGAAGCGGAAACGCGGGGUAGAGGCUUCAUCUUCAUCUUCUUCUUCUUCGUCAUCGUCGGCGGUGGCCAAGUGGAGAACAGAGGGGGAGCAGAGGAACUACUCCUCCAAGCUCAUCGCGGCCCUCCGCCGCGUUCGCUCAGCCACUCCUUCUCCGGCAGGGAGCCGAGCCGUCCGGGAGGCGGCCGACCGGGCGCUCGCCGUCGCCGCCCGCGGUCGCACGCGGUGGAGCCGCGCUAUCCUCCUUUCCAGCAAGAUCCCUUCUCUCAAGCGCAGCAGAUUGCUGCUGCGGCGGCGCGCCACCUUCAGACCCAAGCCCUUCGCCGCCGCUGGGCGGAGCAGCAGGCCGCCGGCCCUGGAGAAGAAAACAAGAGUCCUCGGCCGGCUAGUCCCCGGCUGCCGAAAACUCCCCCUCCCGUCGCUCCUCGAGGAGGUCUCCGACUACAUCGCGGCGCUGCAGAUGCAAGUCCGCGCCAUGAGCGCCUUCGCCCAAAUCCUCUCCGCCACCUCCGAUACUGCCGGCACUCCAUCGCCACCUCCUCCUCCUCCGCCUCCGCCCAUGUAAUUUAUUUGUACAUUUUAAUGAUCACCCGCUUUCUUCUAUUUGUAACCCAUGUCCUCCCCUCCAACCCCCAAUCUCAGCUCACACCCUCUACCAAUCUCAUUGUCUUGUUCUUAGAUUGCAUAAUGAUUUGUUUCCUGAGCCUCAUCACAUCACACCAUCACACCACGAACAAGAAAGAUCAGCAGCUAGCAACACGAGCAUCUAGCAGAUGGAUCCACGUGAAUCUAGCUAGCUUUACAGCAAAGAUAGAGAGAGAGACAGAAGCAAAGCAGAAGAAAAAAAAAAAAGUUGCAUGUGGCAGUAAAACAAGAAGCAGAAAUAAAAGUUCAAGAUCAGCAUAAUUAAAGCCAUGU